UAGUUAUUUUCAUUAUGUACCUGUAUUGCCUUGACAUCAAAUUAAGAGUCCCCAUGAUGUGGGCCACGAACAACGAGUUUGUAAAAUUACUGCAGUACUGUAGUUGCUUCACCAUGGACAGUUCCAUUUUUAUCUGACCAUAAAGAUAACUUUAACAAAUGUUUCAGUUCAUGUUUUUGAGUGUGGAAUCGUGGAGCUGUACAAAUACUUUUGCUGUUUUCAUCACCAGAUGACGUGGACCAACACAUUUUGUUUGUUGACAUUUAAUCCCCAUGUAUAAAAUGGUUCGCUCCACCUGUAGCCGCGUUUGCCAAAAGCCAAAAGCUGCAGCAAAUCUCUCGCCAGUGUCUUACUUUGAGCUCCAACUUACUGCAAAGAUGAACUACAGAAACCGCUACACUUCGUCCUCCUACCGCAAGAUUUUCGGGGACUCCUCCAGGUUCUCCGCCUCCUCUCGUAUGAGCAGUUACGUGCCCCAGGUCUCCCCCGGGCUCAGGUCCAUGGCCGUGUCCCGAAACAGCACCUCUUCCGUGGGCAUGUUCAGACGGCUGGGCCAACCUCCGGCCUCCUUCUCUCUUACGGCCACGGACUCCCUCGACUUGACCCAGACUUCAGUGGUCAACAAUGAACUCAAAGUAAUUCGUACCAACGAAAAAGAGCAGCUGCAGGGUCUGAAUGAUCGCUUCGCCAUGUUCAUUGACAAAGUCAGACACCUGGAGCAGCAGAAUAAAGUACUGGAGGCCGAGCUGGUGACGCUGCGGCAGAGGCAGAGUGAGCCGUCUCGGGCCAAUCAACUCUACCAGCAGGAGAUGAGGGACUUACGGGCCCAGUUGGAGGACCUAAACAGGGACAAGAACCGCAUCCUGAUUGAGAGAAACAACAUGGAAGAUGAACUGCAGAAACUCACUGUCAAGUAUCAGGAGGAGUUGACUGUGCGUGAAGAGACAGAACAAACCUUGCGGUCCUUCCGGAAGGAUGUGGAUGACGCGGCAGCCAUUCGUCUGGAUCUGGAGCGUCGAGUGGAAUCGCUGAUGGAUGAAAUCUCCUUCCUGAACAAAGUCCACGAUGAGGAAAUCCAGGAGCUGAGCAGCCUGAUGGAAGCACAGCAGGUCUCCGUGGAAAUGGAACUCUCCAAACCCGACCUCACCUCAGCUCUGAAAGAGAUCCGCAACCAGUACGAGUCCAUCGCCUCCAAAAACCUGCAGUCGGCUGAGGAGUGGUACAAGGGGAAGUUCGCCAGCCUGAGCGAACAGGCCACCAGGAGCAACGAGGCCAUGCGGGCCAGCAGGGAGGAGAUGAAUGAGUUCAGGAGGCAGCUGCAGGCCAAGACUCUGGAGAUCGAGACUCUGAGGGGUGCCAACGAGUCUCUGGAAAGGCAGACCACAGAGAUGGAGGAUGCUCACAAUUCUGAAGUCACAGCAUUGCAGGACACGAUUGGCCACCUGGAUACUGAGCUGAGGAACCUCAAGGGGGAGAUGGCCCAGCACCUGAGAGAAUAUCAGGACUUGCUCAAUGUCAAGAUGGCAUUGGACAUCGAGAUAGCUGCAUACAGGAAGCUGCUGGAAGGCGAAGAGACUCACUUUAACUCAGGGAUGUCUUUCGGAGCCGCCAGUUACAGCUACCAGGCCCGAGCCUCAACCGGAUCAUCAAGAAGCAGCCAGCGAGACAAAGACGGAGCCAAGAAGGAAAGCGGCAAGGAGGAGGAGAAGGACGAAGCAGACAUCAAUUCCAACAACUGAAGUCAUGGACGCAGGCAGGAAGGGAGACAAAUAGCUUGUACUGCAUUUCUAAAGUUCUAGUCAGUACUGUGUAUGCACAAAAAGAGGAGCCCAGACAUCGUGUCCUAUGUAAAUGUAAUUUUUCUGGAGAGAUCAUUUUAAUUUGGAACAUUUCAAUCUCAAAACACAAGUCAGGCUAUAAGUGAAUUCGUUCUUUCCAUAGUGCACAAGUCUGAAACAUGUAGAACAUUUUUGGACUCUAAAUAUUUUUCAAAUGGAAGCUUGCAUCAAGAUGUAAACCAGAUGACGUUAACCGAUUAUGGGGCAUUGUAUGUUACAACUGAAAAAACAGUAACAAUGUGCUAGAAUUCUAGUCAUCUGUGUCAAAGUGUGUUGGCUAACUUAAACCGUAUUCAUAUACUAAAAUAUGCUUUUGUUUGCUUAUCACUUAAAUUUUCAGGCUAAUGCUUUUUCUUGAAUGUUAGCAAACCAGAUUGUGUGUGUGACUAGUGCGGUACUUUCGGUUAACAUCAAUCUUGAUUUCAGAAAAUGAUGGGUAGUGCCUAUAAAUAUGCUGUAAAUCUACACCAUAGCUAGACGACUGCAUUUCAUUGAGGUUUAGGCCUCCCUGCUCACUGUGCGAUUCAUUUGCACGGAAUGAUUGAAAGAAUUAAAAAAAAA